AGGAGGGUAGGGUGACGCAGAAGGUGAAGAAGGAUCCAAGGAGGACGAUCAGGAGGCUUCGGGGCUGUGAAUGGAUCCGGAGGCCUGGGAGGUGGCCACAGGGCAGUGAAUGGAUCCGGAGGCCUGGGAGGCAUCCGCAGGGCAAGGACUGGUUCAGAAGGACUGGGAGGUGGCCACAGGGCAAGGACUGGGUCAGGAGGUGGAACCGCUGGAGGAGGAGACUCUGGAGAAGCGGGCGGAGCCAUGGAAGACUCUGAGGGCGGAGCCGUGGAAGAGUCUGAGGGUGGAGCUAGAAGAGGCUCAACGAAGGCAGGCAGAGCCAUGGAAGGCUCUAAGGGUGGAGGCGUGGGAGGCAGAGCCGUGGGAGUCCCAAGGGGCAGAGCCAGGGAACUUGGUGCCCGGAGAGUAGCCGACGGCUCGAAGGGCCAGGGUGGAGCCGAAGGUUCGGAGGACUGAGGUGAAACUGGGGGAUCUGAGGACAGAGGCGGAGCCGGUGGGACUGAGGACUGAGGUGGAGCCAUAGGGAAGGAGGACCUCUGUGAAGCUGGAGGCUUGGAGUGACGAACUAUAGCUGGAGGAUCGGAUGGAAGUGAUGAGGGCAGUGAAUUAUGGGAGAUGUAGUCCGGGGGAAAACUUGAGGGAGAAAGACUGUGACAGAUACAUUGAUCUUUUAGGAAAAUAUGUUUUACAAUAUAUGGGGUAAUUUGUCACAGUGGAAUCUGCCAUUAAAUAGCUUUUUAUAAAAAGUAUAAAUAUGAAAUAACAAUACAUGAAACAAAAAUGUUAAAAGUAAAAAUAUUUAUAUAUACUGAUGAGCUAAAACAUUAUGACCUCUCACAGGUGAAGCAAAUAACGUUGAACAUCUCCUAACAAGGCCACAUGUCAAGGUCUGGGUAGAUUAGAUGGUAAGCAAACAAUCAGUUCUCAUAGUCAACGAGUUCAAUGCAGGAGAAAUGGACAGGACUAAAGACCUGAGCGACUUUGACAAGGGCCAAAUUGUUAUGGCCAGACGACAGUGUCAAAGCAUCUCUUAAAUGGCAAGGCAUGUGGGGUGCUCCUGGUCAGCAGUGGUGAGUACCUACCAACAGUGGUCCGAGGAGGGACAAACCGCAAACUGGGACAGGAUGUUGGGUGCCCAGUGCUCAUCAAAGCACGAGGGCAACAAAGGUUAUCCCGUCUGGCCAAACCAACAGAAGAUCUACUGUGGCACAAGUCACAGAUAAUUUGAAUGAUGGUUAUGGGAGGAAUGUGUCACUACACACAGUGCAUCGCACCCUGCUGUAUAUGGGGCUGCCCAUGAUGACCCCGUCCAUCAUCAAAAGCACCUACAAUGGGCACACGAGCAUCGGAACUGGACCUAGGUGCAAUGGAAGAAGUUCGCCUGGUCCGAUGAGUCCCAUUUUCUUUGACAUCAUGUGGACGGCAGUAUAGGUGUGCGCCGUUUACCUGGGGAAGAGAUGGCACCAGGAUGGACUGUGGAAAGAAGUCAAGCCGGUGGAGGAAGUGUGAUACUCUGGGCAAUGUUCUGCUGGGAAACCCUGGGUCCAGCCAUUCAUGUGGAUGUCAGUUUGGCACAUGCCACCUACCUAAACAUCAUUGCAGACCAGGUACACCCCUUAAUGGCAAUGAUAUUCUCUGCUGGCAGUGGCCUCUUUCAGCAGGAUAAUGCGACCUGCCACACUGCACACAUUGUUCAGGAAUGGUUUGAGGAAAAUGAUGAAGAGCUCAAGGUGAUUCCCUGGCCUCCAAAUUCCCCAGAUCUCAAUCCAAUUGAGUAUCUGUGGGAUGUGCUGAACCAACAAGUCUGAUCUAUGGCAGCUCCACCUCGCAGCUUACAGGACUUGAAGAAUCUGCUGCUAAUGUCUUGGUGCCAGAUCCCACAGGACACCUUCAGGGGUCUUUUAGUGUCCAUGCCUCGGCAAGUCGGCUCUGUUUUGGUGACACGCACAGGACUAAAGCAAAACUAUAGCAAAAAUAUGUUGAAAUUGGAAUUUUAGUUUGGUGGACAGACUUCACAAAAAAGUUAUUAAUUUAAAAGGGUUUUGAACCAGGUGUUACAAACCAACAUACAAAACUACUGCUAGAGAAAACACACAUUGGUGUAACUGGACUUGUUACUGCAAACCUUAUAGUAACUGAGAUAUAACACCAUCUGACAACUAGCCUCUGUCACCCCUAUAUAUUUACAGGGAUAUUUCACCCAAAAAUGAAAAUUCUCUCAUCAUUUACUCACCCUCAUGCAAUUUCACAUGUGUAUGUGUCUUUCUUCUGCAAAACACAAACAAAGAUUUUUAGAAGAAUAUUUAAUCUCUGUAGGUCCUUACAAUGCAAGUGAAAAUUAACCAGAUCUUUGAAGCUCCAAAUAGCACAUAAAGGCAACAUAAAAGUAAUCCAUAUGACUCCAGUGGUUAAAUCCAUAUCUUCAGAAGUUAUAUGAUAAGUGUGGGUGAGAAACAGAUAAAUAUUGAAGUCCCUUUUUUACCAUUAAUCUCCACUUUCACUUUCAAAAUGUGAAAGAUUGUGAAAGUGAAAGUGGAGAUUUAUAGUAAAAAAAAGGACUGUCUCAUAUUCCCUGUUUUUGUGUUGACUUUUAUGUUGAAAUUCUUGUUUAGUUCCUGUUUCCUGUUAGUUUGUAGUCCUUUUAUAGUUUCAUUUUAUGAUUGGUUUUCCCCUGAUUGUUUCCACAGGUGUUCCUCAUUCCCUUGUUUGCCCCUAUGUAUUUAAGCCCUUGUUUUCUCUUGGUUUCUUGGUCAGUCUUCACAUGUGUUGUCACAUUCUGUGCCUGGUUUCCCGUGUUGUGUUUCGUUUUAUUCUAAGUACUUUGUUUAUCUUUGGUUUCCAUUAAAAGCUACAUUUAGAUCCUCAUUUCUCGCCUGCCUCCUCACAGAAAGACUGACCUUCCAAAAUAGAUCUAGCAGUGUGCUUUGUCCAGUUGAGCCGAGCAAACUUACCAAUUAGAGAAUACUCUCGUCUGUUUAGCAUUGUUGCCAGAUACACGGGAUUUACUGAUUCCCACUUGAAGUCCUUAUAUCAGAUUGGUCUCCUAGCUCACAAGUGGAGGGAAUUGCCAGAGACCGGUGAUUACACGUGGGAGGAAUAUGUGGAGUUAACUUUAUAGACCUUCUUUCUCAACCCUGGUUCUGGUUUCCAAGUCUUCCACACCUCAGCCUGUUCCAUGUCAUGUAACAGCAACACCUCAGCCUGCUCAAUACCAUGUCUCAGCCAAACCUCUGCCUACUCAACGCCAUGCCACAGCUACGCCUGAGUCUGCUCCACGCCAUGCGUUGCCAGCCUCGUCCGUCCCAGAGCCAGCGUUGCCAGCCUUGUCCGUCCCAGAGCCAGCGUUGUCAACUUCGGCCAACCAGAGGAGAAGGAGAAGAAAAGUUUCUGUUCCCAAGUCUUCCAGUGUACAUGACCACAGAGGUCGUUUCCAAGUUUCCGCUCAUGCCCACGACCACAGAGGUCGUUUCCCAGUCUCAUCCCGUGAACACAACCACGGAGGUCGUUUCCGAGUCUCUGCCCAUGCCCCCGACCAUGGAGGUCGUUUCCGAGUCUCUGCCCAUGCCCACGACCACGGAGGUCGUUUCCGAGUCUCUGCCCAUGCCCACGACCACGGAGGUCAUUUCCGAGUCUCUGCCCAUGCCCACGACCACGGAGGUCAUUUCUGAGUCUCUGCCCAUGCCCACGACUACAGAGGUCGUUCCCGAGUCUCUUCCCAUGUUCGCGACCAAGGAGGUCGUUUCCCAUUCAUCCAGGACUCUUUGUCUCGAGCCUGCCAUGGAUUCGCCCCUCGAGCCUUCCACAGCUUCGCCCCUCGAGCCUGCCACGGCUCCACCCCCAGAGCUUAUUCCUCCAGCAGCUCCGCCCCCACCCCCAGAGCCUAUUCCUUCCACGGCUCCUCCCCCAGAGUCUUCCACGGCUCCGCCCCAGAGACUAUUUCCCCAGUGGCUCCGCCCCCAGAGUCCACCUGAUCUGUUCUGGUCUCCCUGGUCUCCUGGCCGUCCGCCUGAUCUGCUCUGGUCUCCUGGCCAACCGCCUGAUCUGCACUGGUCUCCCUGGCCUCCUGGCCGCCCACCUGAUCUGCUCUGGUCUACUUGAUCCUCCAAGCCUGCAGCGUCGCUCUGGCUUUCCAUUCCUCCAGCUCGCCUUGGUUUCAAAUCUCCCUGACUUUGCCUUGUUCCUCUAUUCCCCUUGCCCCUUGUGCCCCCUUGAACUACCUGUUUUCCCCCACAUUCCAUGGACAAUUUGUUUUUGUUUUUUGGAGCGUCUGGAAUCCACUCCUUAAAGGGGGGAUCUGUCACAUAUUCCCUGUUUUUGUGUUGACUUCUAUGUUGAAAUUCUUGUUUAGUUCCUGUUUCCUGUUAGUUUGUAGUAUUUUUGUAGUUUCAUUUUAUGAUUGGGUUUUCCCCUGAUUGUUUCCACAGGUGUUCCUCAUUCCCUUGUUUGCCCCUAUGUAUUUAAGCCCUUGUUUUCCCCUGGUUUCUUGGUCAGUCUUCACAUGUGUUGUCAUGUUCUGUGCCUGGUUUCCCAUGUUUUGUUUUAUUCUAAGUACUUUGUUUAUCUUUGGUUUCCAUUAAAAGCUGCAUUUAGAUCCUCAUUCCUCGCCUGCCUCCUCACAAGGACUAUGGAUAGGUUUGUGAGAAAAUUAUCAUAUAGCAUCGACUAUAUGGAUUUAACUACUGGAGACUUAU